AUGGAAAAACCAAAUGCUCAUUUGGCGCAUGGGUCGAUCAACAGGAAAGGCAAGGGUAGAGAACUGGCUGUUGAGACUGACACCACUGAGAAAAAUCUCCUUGAUGCGGCUGGAACACCAACGAAGAAACUGCCCACGGAUACCACUGUCGUGUCACGCCUCGCAAGCUCGGCCGUGGCAUUGGGUAACAGCCUAUUGUCCAAUCCAGACACUGAGACUCGACUUCUAGGGCCAGAGAAAACAGGAGGCGCAUCCGAUACAACCACGCGGUCUACAAUAGGUGAAGCGUCAAGGCACAAAGCAAAGACAGGUUCCAGCACGGAUCUUGGCAGUAGCUUCCGAGCGUCGCAGACAUACGAUUAUGUGCAAAGAGAAGAAGCCGCAUUCUCUCGUUUUCUGGACGGUAUCGACAAGUCUGGCCCGUCUAGCAUCGACAGUAGUGCCCAACUCAUUGGUGGCCUCGAGGAUAACACACCACUCUCUGCUCCCCAAAUGACACAAACAUUCCAUGACAGUCGAUUUGCGAACAAUGACGGCCAGGAGGUCGUCAAGUUACUAGACACUGCGUACGAUGAUGUAUUGCAAGCAGACCCGGAGCCAUCGCUGAGUCAGGAAGAUGAAGCGUCUUUGAGGCAGGCUCUUUUCGGAAGCGACGUCAUCUCAGGUGAAAGCAGUCAGGACAUUUCAGACUGGGCGAAUUUAUUGAACUUCGUCCCAGAGUACAUAUCUAACGGUGCAUCGAGCUGGGGCCAUAAUGAGUUGCUGCAACAUUUGGGUACAUCGGACGUUCAGGAAGCCAGCAAUCUCUGGGCUGAGCAAUGGGGUAAUGUGCUAUCUCGCUAUACUGACGAGGUAUGGGGUGAUCUAGGGUCGCUCGUCGAGGAGGCCAAGAAAGAGGCUCGUCACAUUCAGGAAAGUGGACGAGAGGCUACACCAUCAGAAGCCACGGCUAUCUUGAGGUUACGACAGAUCCUCGCCCAUGUUCGUGGUGACUAA